GGGGGAUGCGGACGGGGGAAGAUGGCGGCCUCGAACAACCCGCGGAAAUUCAGCGAGAAGAUCGCGCUGCACAACCAGAAGCAGGCGGAGGAGACGGCGGCUUUCGAGGAGGUGAUGAAGGACCUGAGCCUGACCCGGGCCCACAGGUUACAGUUACAGAAAACACAGUAUUUGCAGUUGGGACAGAGUCGUGGCCAGUACUAUGGAGGGUCACUGCCAAAUGUGAAUCAGAUUGGGAACAGUACCAUGGACCUGCCUUUCCAGACUCCUUUUCAGUCAUCUGGACUGGAUACAAGUAGGACAACUCGGCAUCAUGGUCUGGUGGACAGAGUGUAUCGUGACAGAAACCGCCUUGGGUCACCGCACCGGCGUCCGCUGUCCGUAGAUAAACACGGAAGGCAGGUGGACAGUUGUCCGUAUGGCACUGUGUAUCUGUCGCCUCCAUCGGAUACAAGCUGGAGAAGGACCAAUUCAGAUUCUGCCUUGCAUCAAAGUACAAUGACCCCAACUCAACAAGAGUCCUUUUCAGGAGGGUCACAAGACAUGCAGCAAAAAAGAGUCUUAUUAUUGACUGUCCCUGGAAUGGAGGAAAGCACAUCUGAAACAGACAAAGCCCUCUCUAAACAAGCAUGGGACACUAAAAAGACAGGGUCAUCGAGGCCUAAAUCAUGUGAAGUUCCAGGAAUCAACAUCUUUCCAUCAGCUGACCAGGAAAACACUACAACACUGAUUCCGGCUGCACAUAACACAGGUGGCUCUCUGCCAGACCUGACAAACAUCCAUUUCCCUUCUCCUCUCCCAACACCACUAGAUCCUGAGGAAUCCACGUUCCCAUCCCUGAGUAGCUCCAAUAGCACUGGAAAUCUUGCAGCCAACUUGACUCACUUGGGCAUCAGCACUGCCAGUCAGGGAAUGACAACGACGCAAGCCUCAUCCCGGCAGCCAGCUGUCAGUCCCCUCUCACUGAAUGCAGACUCCAGACGACCACAGUCCCAACAGAUGUCUCCUACACUCUCACCUCUGUCACCAAUUACUCAGGCUGUGGCUAUGGAUGCAUUGUCUUUGGAACAGCAGCUUCCACCAUAUCAGUUUUUUACCCAGGCUAGUUCCCAGCAACAGCAACAGACCCAAGUGGCAAGUAGUCUGCCUCAGAAUACCCCUUUAAUGCAGACUUCUGGCUUACAGCGAGGAGCACAGCUUCCCCCCCUCUCAGUCACGGUACCAUCUACCAUCCCACAGUCACCUCCAGGCAGCCAGACCCAACCUUCCAUGGGCAUAGACAUCAACUCGGCUUCACUCCAGCAGUACCGCAGUAAUGCUGGAUCCCCAGCCAACCAGUCUCCCACCUCUCCUGUCUCCAAUCAAGGCUUCUCUCCUGGCAGCUCCCCUCAACAUUCUUCCAUUCUGGGGAGUGUAUUUGGUGACUCCUAUUAUGAUCAGCAGAUGACAGCUAGGCAGGCUAAUGCCCUAUCCCAUCAGCUUGAACAGUUUAAUAUGAUAGAAAACGCCAUUAGUUCCAACAGCCUGUACAGCCCCUGCUCCACCCUUAACUACUCCCAGGCAGCCAUGAUGGGACUUACUGGGAGCCAUGGCAACUUGCAGGAUUCGCAACAGCUGAACUACUCCAGCCAUGGAAACAUCCCCAACAUCAUUCUCACAGUGACAGGAGAAUCUCCUCCCAGCUUAUCAAAGGAACUGACCAGCUCUUUGGCAGGUGUCGGAGAUGUCAGCUUUGAUUCGGAUUCCCAAUUCCCUCUGGAUGAACUCAAAAUUGACCCUUUAACCUUGGAUGGACUGCACAUGCUUAAUGACCCAGAUAUGGUCCUCACCGAUCCUGCCACAGAGGACACUUUCAGGAUGGACCGGCUGUAGACUGAGGACACCAUGAGCCUGGGAAUAAAAUUAGUUCCUGGAGCCCAGCUGAACUGAAGAGUCCAAUGGGUCAGUCAUGUCAGAUUAAAGAGUUACCGAGAGCAGUAGCUCUGUCAUGUACAACGUGUACAAUGAGUAAAGCUUGUUGUUCUAAGCUUGCAGUGCUGCAGAACCCCCAUUCCCCGUCGCGCCAUAUUUGAUCCCUUAUCUACUCAUUGCUAUUAAAUGAGUAAGGAGUUUGCAUCAGCCUUCUCCCCUCCAAACCCCCACCAGCGAAGGCCCAGCGUAAGGUUCUCAAUUUAUCCUUUGCACUUGAAGGGGGAGUUUCUGGGCAGGUGAUGAAGGUUCAGAGUCAAGGGUAAAGAGAUUCUCUUUGUAAAAUACCACAUCAUUAGUAUUUGAUCAUUGGCUGUUUCUGUAACUGAUCAACAGCCAUCUCCUUCUGAGACUGAGAGGGGAAACUCAGACUACUGCCCUCUCACUAACUCUAAAGCAAAAUGCCUGUAGGACCACCCUCUGGGAAAGGGGGGAGGCUGCUAAUUGUGACUCUCCCAGACUACUUUGUGACAGUUGCUUUGUAGAGUAAAAUGCUUCUCCCUUGAUUGAUAUGCCAUAUUUGUUUUCAGGUUUGUUUCCUUGACUGUUGUCCAGCACCCACUGCCUGUUCGUAUGCCCUGAGCAAACUCGUGUACUUGGCAAAGCAGGAAAGCGGCCUGGCAGCCCAGUGGGCUCUCGGUAGCCGGUUAUCCAAAAAAACAACUGUAAACACUAUUUCCAGAGCCUUUUUCUUGUUUAAAAUUUCUGAGCACACAAAAAAGUACUAUAAUUCAUUACCUGGUGAGUGUGAAGGAGUGAGUGGAGCAUUUUGAAGCCACUAAAAGUAUAGUGGUGGCUAAAUUGCAGAGAAUUUUAUUUUUAAAUUCUACUUCUUGUGUGAAAUUCAUAUAGGCAACAGGAAGGGCCGUUGUGUAGCAAUACCUAGCCCAAGUCGGGGCUAUUUUUAUGAUUUUUUUUUUAUUCUUGUUCGUUGCCUAUUGAAUAUUCUGUUACUGUUAUUUAUGCAUUUUUUUAUUUAAGUAUUUGGAUAUUAGAAAAGUAGCCAAACUACAUAAGGCCAAUUGAAGCACUCUGCAUAAUACUUACACAGUACAUCCUUCUGUGAUUUUUAUUCUAGAAAUAUAAUAUAUAUAUAAUAGUUUAACUAACUGGAAUUUGAAGCCAGAUGCUGACCAGAAGUAAGCAAACCCAGGGCAAGUCUGUCAAGUGUUUGCCAUUUUAUAUAUUCACAUUACGGUAACAGGAACAUACAUAUUCUUUGGCAGGAUUAUUGGCCUACUGUAUAGUGGGAAGAAGAUGUAGACGUGAUGGAUCUUGAUUUCACUAAAGUUUCUUGACAGAUUCCCACAUGAUGUUCUCAUAAGCAAAUUAGUGAAAUGUGGCCUAGAUGAAGUUACUAAAAGGUGGGUGCACAACUGGUUGAAAAACCAUACUCAAAACAUAGUUAUUAACAGUUCACUGUCCAGCUGGAAGGGCAUAUCUAGUGGGGUUCUGAGGUAGCCAGUCCUGGGUCUGGUACUAUUCAAUAUUUCAUUAAUGGGUUGGAUAAUGGAGUGGAAAGUAUGCUUAUAUAAUUUGUGGGUGACACCAAGCUGGGAGGGGUUAUAAGCACUUUGGGGGACAGGAUUAGAAUUCAAAAUGACCUUGACAAAUUAGAGAAUUGGUCUGAAAUCAACAAGAUUAAAUUCAGUAAAGACAAAUGCAAAGUAUUACACUUAGAAAGGAAAAAAUCAAUUGCACAACUACAAAAUGGGGAAUUAUUGGCUAGGUGGUAGCACUGCUGAAAAGGAUCUGGAGGGUUAUAGUGGAUCACAAAUUGAGUACGAGUUAAGUGUGAUGCAGGUGUGGGGAAAAAAGCUAAUAUCCUGUGGUUUAUUAACUGGAGUGUCAUAAAUAAGACAUGGUAGGUAAUUGUCACGCUUUACUUGGGACUGGUGAGGCCUCAGUUAGAAAGGAUGUGGCUAAAUUGGAGAGUCCAAAGGAGGACAAAAAUUAUAAGGUUUAGAAAAUCUGACCUAUGAGGAAAGGGUAAAAAAACUGGGCAUGUUCAUUCUUGAGAAAAGAUGACUUGGGAGAUCUGAUAGUCUUCAAAUAGGUUAAGGGCUGCUAUAAAGAGGAAGCUGAUCAGUUGUUCUCCAUGUCCUCUGCAGGUAGGACAAGAAAUAAUGGGCUUAAUCUUCAGCAAGGGAGAUUUAGGUUAGAUAGUAGGAAAAACUUUCUAGCUAUGAGGGUAAUUAAGCUCUGGAACAGGCUUACAAGGGAGGUUGGGGAAUCCCCAUCAUUGGAGAUUUUUAGGAGCAGGUUGGACAAACACCUGUCAGGGAUGUUCUCGGUUUACUUGGUCCUGUCUCAGCGCAGGGGGCUGGACUUGAUGACUUCUCAAGGUCUCUUCCAGCUCUACAUUUCUAUGAGUCUGGGAUAUUCCCUCUGUAAUCCUGGGGAAAAUCACUUGCUAAUAGUGAAAUGUACUGUAUCCUAGCAUGCUGAGGCUCUUACAUUCAUAAUAGACUACUUCUGUUAGUCACCGCUAAUAUUCUCUGGUAUAGCAUUACAGAAUGGUGAAUAAUUUAAAAAAACAACCCAUCCAUUGAGUCUAAAAUGGUGAUUUCACGUAAAUGUAAUGGCUGAAAUUGACAUACAAUAAUGAGUCCUAGAUUCCUGACAGUAGGUCACUCUUUUACAAAUCUGAGAAAUAUGAGUUGCUGUUUACCAAGAGCCCAGUGCUCUUAUGGUAAUUGGCUGAAGUAUAGCUGUUAAAAUGUUGUGCUCAUUACACUAGUCCUCCCAGUAAGAGAACCCACAUACACGACCCUUCUCCUCAGCAGAAGUUAAAAUCUCCAUUAUUUGACUUGUACUAACAAAAAAAUUUUUUUAUUCCAAAUAGCAUAUUGAAUGUGUUAAUGAAGGAAUUACUGCAAAAAGAGAAUAUUUCCCUGCAGCAGGGGCCGAACAGCCAAAUAUAUUUUUGAUAAAUACAAUUUCAAAUAAAAAAGCCUUCUUAACUUAUAUUUAAAGACAUCAUUUGUUUGUUUUUCCCCUUCCAGGAAUGGUAUUUAUUAUCCAGCCUCUCCAAAUCCUGUUCUCCUAUUGACUGAGUCUGCAUUUUCCUGUUUUGCAUUUGGUCAAAAAAUGCGUCAAUUAGGUUUUAUUUUUUUUUCCUGUUUUGAAAUUUUUUAUCAAAAAGCAUCCCCCAACCCAAUCACCCUACUCCCCAAAAGUCUUUCCCUUUCUUUUUUCUAGCAAGGAACGUAAAUGUCCAUGGCAAAAGUGGGCUACUUCUAAUGAAUUAUAGCUAGGUUUCUGUGUGCUUCCAGAAAUCCAUGAGGUGCUGUCCUGAGAUGCACAGAGACACUGCUAAGCAGAAUUAUUGCUGGGAUCUUAUAUAAUGGGGGUGCGUGUUUGCUCACAUAUUUGUGCCAUUAGUUGACCAUUUGCACUAAAAGUGAUGUGGGAUUUUUAUUUUUUCUGUCUAAUAGCUUUUGUGUAAGCUUCUUGUUAAAGGAUGGUUUUCUUUGGUUCCUCCCCACAUAAUUGCAAGGCUAUCCUGCAUCUCCAUUUAUAAUGUUCAUCAACAUUUAAGCCAGAUGUUACGUGUUACUCCCAAAGUCUGCUUAUGUCAGAUUGUGAAUGCUUUUUCAAUUUAAAAAAAAAAAGGUAGCUUUAAACAGGAGGAUACCCUAAAAGAACGUGAGUAAUUUGGGCACAGAUGAUAUGAAGUUAUUUGCUUCAAAACAGCCAAAGGUACAGUGUGAAUUGAGUACACUUUGUGCAGUUUACUUAAUCUCCUUGACAGUACUGUUAGUUCAUUGAUUGGAUCUCUGUCUAUAUCAACCUCUUGUUCAGAUGUCUCUUAUGCAUGUAAAUCCUUGUCUGUGAUGAUCUAUUUUUUUAAAACCAGAGUCACUUAAGAGUGAAGCGUCCAGUUAGGAAUUCACAGACUCCUGACUGGAUAGUUUUACAGGGAGAUAUCGCUAAAUGCUACCUUCUAUUUUUUUUUAAACUACACGUGUAUAUAGGAGAGCUUGUUUAUUAGACUUGUAAGUAGACAUUUAAAAUGGCCUUAAUUUAAAAAUAAAUAAAUAAAACCCAUUUAGAUGCAAUUGUCAAAAACAAAAUGUGUGUGUGGGGGGGGGUGGGGAGGGGAGAUUAGGGACCAUCUAGUUAGGAGAAAUAUCUUUACUUUGUGUUUCCUUUCUGGAAGGGGUAAGAGAAGAGGAGGUCAUGGGAGAAGGAGAUGAUGGAUGUAUAUGAAAGAAGUGAUUCAUCUCUCUAGCCCCUGUAGGGGGCAGGCUAGCUGCUUUCAUUUUUAACCCUUUGAGAAUCAGAGCGGUUAUUUUAGUACAGUGUCAGUAACAUUUCAAUAGUUUCUGCACUUUGCUCCCUGGGAGAGUGGCCCGUUGACAGCAGCAUGUGUGCCCUAUUCUAGUAGAAGAAUAUUUUCCCAUACCCUUUAAAUCUGAUUUUUUUUAACAGUUGUGUAUGAGUUUACAUUAUUUUAAACAAUAAAUGUUUAAAGUUUUCGAGUGCAAACACAGGGUGGAUCCCCAAUGCUUUCAGAACGUAAGUAGAUUUCUAUUUCAUUUUAAAGUUAAGUAGUACCUUUUGCAUUUUCUACUCCGCUUAUGAGGGUGGUAGAUGUGGAAAAGCAUUGAAUAAAGCAUUAGAAUAAAGGAACUGAUGCUUACAGAGAUACUUGUGGGAGGAGGGGAAGAAAGGGCAUUGCUUGGGGAAAAAUAAGAUGAAAAAAUUCUAAGUAUUAAAUUAGAUUUAAUUAUUUUUUAAACAGUCUCAUGUCUCAAAGGGUUAAUGUCCAAACAUAUACCUGCUGAUUGAUUUCUGUAGAGCUAUGUUUUUGUAAGAAUUUCCCACGACAGACUGUUGCAUUUGCCAAUACUUUGGGGAAGUAAUAGGAAUAAACUCUCAAUGUAUAAAGUACUGUGAUUUAAAAAGAAAAGUGGAUUUCUGCUAUUUAUUGCAGCUUAAGUGGUGGGGGGACGGGAGAACUCUUUUGCAUUGUAUAUAGUACUGAUUUCUGCAUUCUCUUUAACAAUGGAUCUGCACAGGCCAAGUUAUGGUAGUUCUGUAUGCUGCAUGCAUGGUUGACCGCAGGCAGCAUCAAACAUGUCUGUCUCACUACUGCUUCUGCAUGUUAGUGAACACUUCGCCAGCAUUCUUUAACUGUGCAAAAACCUUUCCUGUACAGAGAGAACCGUUGCUUUAAAAAAAAAAAAAAAAAAAAGUGGAAAGAAAGAUGUUGACUUUUAAUUAUGGAAGAAACUAUUGGUAAUUUAUGUACCAUUUUUUGCUUUCCUUUAAAACAAAAAAUUAUGCCUGAGAAUACUGGUGCAAACCCUCUUAACAAAGAUGGUUGCUUAAAACUUCCUUCUAGGUAAAUAGAGCCACCCGAAGUUUGUAAUAACUGGUACAGGAUUCUUUUUUAUUAAAUUCCACUUCAAAGUAAGAUAUGAAUUGUUGUUUUUUAAAAGCUCUAUUUCUGUAGGAAUUAUAUUUAAGACUUGCCCUUCCCUUAUUAGGAUAUUACUCAAUUUGGAAAUCACCUCAGUGUAUAAUAUGGAAGAGGAAACCCCCCUCAUCAUACAGUUGGUUAAAAUGUACUCUGUGCUUUAAGGAUGAAAGCAUUUAUUACUUUGACAAACGGACCCCCUGUCACUGUGAUGGCAAUGUGAAAGAGCAAUUAGCAUUUAUUAUAUGUAUAUGUUCUCUUUUUAAAAAAGGAAAAACUUUGUAGUGUUCCUGUUAUUUGUAUUUUUAGUUGCUUACUAUUUAUACUGCGCAGUGUAGGCAUGGAUUGCAUGUCAGUUUUCUAUGCGGGCACCAUGAUGACAUUACGAUAACUGUGUAUUAUAAAUCAUUUUUACCUUUUUAAACAGAAUCAUUGUGUGGAAUUUCUAUACUGCAAAACACUACAUUAAGUACUAUAUUCAUUUGUGUUAUUUAUUUUUUUUGUGGGUGGGAGGGGGUGGUUUUAACUGUGGUGUGUAUUGCCUUAUAUGUGGGCUUGACCGACUUUAUCAAAAUAAAGGCAUAAAGGGGUAAAUAUGCUUACUGUUUUAUUCAGUAAUACAAUGUGGGGCUGCCACAGAGGUAGCUGCAGAAAAGUAUAUUGUACAAGCAGAGAAUGGGAAGCAAAUAUAUAGUAUAUAAAUCUUUACAGGACAGGAAAUCCAGCUAUGUAUUAUUGACUACAAAUAGUGAGGAGGCUUAAAGUCCCGUGAGCAAUUAAAAGUUUUUAUAUUAUGCCAA